AUGGCAAGCAAAGAGGGAACCAGCCAUCAGCAGCAGUUCGUCGAGGAAAUCGACUACAAUGAAAUUGAAACGGAAGAGGUGGUGGGUAAAGGAUCCUUUGGAGUGGUAUGGAAGGGUCGUUGGCGAGGUCGAUACGUCGCCGUGAAACACAUCAACUCUGAGGGUGAAAAGAAGGCCUUCACCGUGGAGGUGCGUCAACUGUCUCGUGUAAUACAUCCCAACAUUGUAAAGCUGUAUGGUGCUUGUACAAAGAAUCCUGUAUGCCUGGUGAUGGAGUAUGCUGAGGGUGGAUCACUGUACAAUGUUCUCCAUUGCAAUCCACAACCUCACUACACGGCUGGACAUGCCAUGAGUUGGGCUCUACAAUGUGCACGAGGGGUUGCGUAUCUUCACAAUAUGAAGCCGAAGCCAUUAAUUCACAGGGAUCUGAAACCUCCCAAUCUACUGUUAAUCCUCGGCGGGCAAACCCUUAAAAUAUGCGACUUCGGUACGGCCUGCGAUCUAAAUACUUACAUGACCAAUAACAAGGGUUCUGCCGCCUGGAUGGCCCCGGAAGUAUUCGAAGGCUCCCGUUACACGGAAAAGUGCGAUGUCUUUAGUUGGGGUGUCAUCCUCUGGGAGAUCUUGUCGCGACGGAAACCAUUUGACGACAUAGGCGGUUCCGCGUACCGGAUUAUGUGGGCAGUGCACAUGGGACAACGACCUCCUCUGAUGGAUGGAUGUCCAAAACCUAUAGAAGACCUAAUGAUCAGAUGCUGGAAGAAAGUGCCUGAAGAGCGACCUUCGAUGGAUGAGGUCGUCAGGGUAAUGACUACCCUUUUCGAGUUUUUCGGCGGCCAUCUGGAUCCUGUAGAGUACUCCCUAAGUAGUGAGACGGAUGAAGAACAAGAUCCCAGUGAUACGUUGGACAUGCCGAGUACCUUGGAUUCCCGAUUGAACGGCUCCGUAUCUAACGGUAGCAAUCAGACGCCUACACCUACAACUCCAACACAGGAUAGAAACAACGUAUCAAAAAUGGAAACAAAGGAUCAACCUCAUUCACCAGGAUCAAUCAGCGAACCCCGUGGGUCCACAGGCUACCUUACUCCCAAGUUAAAUCAAGCUGGCACACAGUUCCUUGGACUGCAAAGUGGUUCAGGACUCUCUGCCAGUUUACGACACCAGGACAAAGUUGAGGAAAACACACAAAGACCACCGAGAGCAUCUCCAACAGCACAAUGCGGUAGGCAAGCGUUACCACAACGUAGUUUCGAUUUCGCACCACUCCACGUCGAAUGCGAUCCUAAUGCCUGGGAAUUUGGCUCAACCAAUUCAUCCUGGGAAAUCCGGAAUAUGGCAGGUCUGGAUAAAAUGGUUCCAAAAACAAACAAAGGUAUACAAGGUAGCAGCACCACGAGUGAAGAUUUGGAUAACGUCUACCGAUUACUGGAUGCUGAGUUGAGACCAAUCACUCCGGAUUACACUUGUCCACAAUCAAGAGAGAUCUUCGAGGAGCACAAACAAUUAGCUCAGGAAUAUCUGAAGGUCCAGACAGAGAUAGUCCUCCUAGGACAGCACAAGAACGAGAUGCUGAAGAAUCUGAGCGUAGACAGCCUCAGACAGCAACAAGAAUUGCGUAAACUCGAGGACGAGAAGGAGUCACUGGUCAAAUUGUACAGGAACCUAAAACGCCAAUUGGAAAUUAUGAAAGGACAACGAGCCGGCGGCCUCGUUGGUACUUCGCCUACCACGAGCAUAGGGGUCGGUCCAGCUGUUCCCGGAAAAGAUGGCUGGGUAAAAGUGGCGCGACAGGAUCCCUCGAGACUCUCGUGAAACAGAAGCAAUUGAUGCGCGACAAUGCGUGGAGUACGAGAGUUUAUUAUCGUUGCACAGAGUUCGCAACGAUGAACCGUUUGACAGGAACGGAUGUAAAUCCUGACAAUGACGAAAUGGCAGGACACACCUAUCUGGACCAUGUAAUAUCAAGAUUUUAUCUUUGAUCAGGAAUUAAUAUCUAAUAUGAGAUGGGUAAGUCUCUGUCCGUCAUAUCAGUUCAAUUCAAGUCGAUUACGCAAAGGCAAAUUAGGCAUUAUUAUUGAAAUUGUAGCGAAGCAUCUAUCGAUUUAGAAAUAACAGAUAAGAUCAAGUACGGAUUAUACGAAGAGGAUUAUACAGAAACCACCGUUAUUUUUCAAGUAACCAAAUAGACAUUUCUAUUUUCUAAAAUUAUCACCAUUCAGAAAGUUUGAUAAAAUCGUCCACGACAGAGUCACCUUCGAUGAAUUAACGGAUAAAAGAUUAUCCUUCGUGUCAGAAUGCUUCUAAAUCUUUAAUUGUCACGAAUUAUUUAAUUAUGCCGAAUAUAGGCCUACCUCAGGUACGCGUUAUAAUUAAUCGCUCGAGUAAAGUCGCGAAUUCCAUUCUAUGUUUCUUAUUAUUUUCAUUCGCUUUCUUUCUCUUACCCUUUUUUUUUCUUAUUCUUUUUUACACACCCACUCCCUAAACAUUGCCUUAUGCAUCUGCGUGCGUGCUUGGGAUAACUCUAGUUAAGAGAACAAUUACAUAAAUAGAUUAGAACUUAAUUUAGACGAUUAGAACUACUGUGUCACUAUGUGGGCAGCGUUUAACGUAGCUAAUAUUUUCACUGGACAGUGAAUUAAAUAAAGGCUCCCGUGAUCUCAUCGAACCACGAGAAUUGAUCGUGUGGGCAAUAAUAAAAAAAUUCUACAGCCUUGCAGAAUACUUUUCAAAAUAACUUUUCAAACAUACAAAAUAUAUAGUCUGUCCAUGAGCAAAGUCUAUCUUCCACAAGCCACCUGCCUAUCAGCUGUCAAUGUAAACGAGUCAUCUAAACUUCAUCGAAUAUCUUACUUGUGGAUUGACUCUUAUUUUGAUUUAUUAACAAACUCUGAUUCGCUAUUAUUAUCAUAUGAAAGCAUAAAUGUAUACACGCAUGCAUAAGCCCCGAUCUGUCGUAUUUCAAAAUGUCAAGAAUAAUACGAGAACAGUUUUCUAGUCGAACGGUGUAAAUAAUCGGCCAUAAUAAAUACCUCUGUUGGUCAUGUAUAAUUGUGAGGCAAUUUGUACUAUCCAUGCACGAGUCUUGAUAAGUAGUAAUGUAAAUAAUUUAGUGUAUUGAAUAAUUUAUACUGUUACUAUUAUUAUUAUUAGCAGUAUAUUAAUUGUAAUUAUUAUUUACUUUCUUCGUUUACUUAACGUUUACGUUGAACUUUUCAUUAGUGAUUCCUGUUCCUGUUCUUUCUCUUUUUAUUCUUCACUUCUCCGUUCUCUUUCUCCUGUUUCUUUGACAAAGUUCCAAAUGUGUUCGACAAAAACUCUGGCAAUAGCUUUUAGUAUAUAGAAUCUACGUGCACUGUGUCAGCUCUAUUAAAUGGAUUUGAUUUUUAUAGAAAUAUUACAUCACGCCAUAAAUUCCUUGUCUCGAACUCGUAUUGCGUCGAGGUGACUGUUUCGUGUAAUUAAUUUAUUAUAGAAAAAAAUGUUUAAUCAAUUUUAAAUUUUAAUUAGCCCAAGAGUGAAGGUCUAGUUGUUUGUAUAAGUGCACAUGUGGCAUAAUGUCAAGGUAACGAAAUUUUCUUUCUUUGACCUUUUAUUCGUUUAACGUGAUAACUUAGAAGGUAAAGUUCGCAUCGACCUACACAGUGGAUUUCAUUAAUUUGUGGCAAAUUAAUUUGUUGUUUUAAGAGUUGCAUUUCAUAUUCUGUCGAGAUGUGUAAAUUCCAGUAACGGGAUAUAUUACUCACGAAUAAAUGUUUAUUACGUUAGUUAUCAUGAAAGUGUCUAUUGUAAAAUCUGUUGAAAUUUCGCAUCAGCAUCCACGUGCAUCGCUUAUCACUUAUUUUAUUAUGAUUAUUGUUACGGUUAUCGCGACAAUACGAAAUCUGUGAGAAGUUAAAUAUUUGUGAAUAAUAAAGUGUUUUUAUACAUA